UAAGUCUGGAAAAAAUAAAUGAUCUCUGUAAGAUGCUCCAUAUAAAUAGUGUCUCUGUGUUACAUUAAUGAUUUAGAUUCUCCCCUAAUGCGUGUGCAACGCGACCACAUACGCGUUUAUAUAUGCACGACCGCGAAUAUUAAUAUCCUCUCACGUCUCGUUCGAACUAUCAGUCUGAUAGUGACCGCUGAAGAGCGACCAGCCAAUUUCGUGAUUGUAUAAGCAGCACGCGUCGUCUUUGAGAUUUUUAAGUGCGGUCGUGUUAUUUCGCAGCAAGAGAUCCAAGAUCUCAAUAGCGAAUUUCUUUCUCAACGAUGAUCGCGCUACUAUUCGGCGUUCUACCGAUUCUCUGGAUUCAGAAGAUCGAGGCGAGUGUCCUCGUCGCCGACACUACCAUGUCCAGGAUGGUGGAGUUGAACGCCGAUGCGCCCUUCUGUGCUCUUUACAAUGAUCGCGGGGUCAUCCAGAGAAUGGUACUCGGUGCGGAUCCUAGGAAGGUUCGACAAAUUUCCAGCAACCUCGUCGCGGAUCUCGAAGAGACCUGCAAAGCUUCGCGAAACAAAGGAAAGAAUCAAGCACCUGGCGGUGGUUUGAUAUACCCGGGUACCAAAUGGUGUGGACCUGGAAACGUGACAGAUGGCUACAACGAUUUAGGUCAACAUUCGGCUGAAGACGCUUGUUGCAGGGAACACGAUCAUUGCCCGCACACAAUAAUGCCAGGACAGUGCAUACACGGUAUAUGCAAUAAUUCACCAUUUACUCGCUCGCAUUGCGAUUGCGAUGCAAAAUUCCGCAGAUGUUUACAAAAUCUCAAUACCGAAGUGGCCAAUACCCUCGGCGCAUUAUUCUUCAACGUUAUCCAGGUCACCUGCUUCAAAGAGAGACGACCAUGUUCACAAUGGCAAAGAAAUGGUUAUGAAGAGGCUGAGUCCGAUCUCUUAUGCUCGCAAUACAAGUUUCGCCCUAGCGAUAAGUAUGUGCCCCUGAUGCCUUUAAAUACAAAAUGAACAAAGGAAUAUGGAAGCGAUAGAAGGACAGCCUCAAAAACGGCCUAAAUAAAAGGGAUACCGACCCAGUAUGUGAUUACAAUAUAACAAUGCAACAUUGUUUAUUGCAUAUCAAAUUGCCGUCCUUACUAUUGCACACCAAUAUACAAAUUAUUAAAUACGUACCACAUUCUUAAAGAUUAAAUUAUGCCAACCCUUUUGUAGUAGUAUGACAUGUAGAUAUUGUUUGGAGCUUAUUGUGGAGGAUCAUGCUAUUCUUUAAAUUAUCUUGCUGUAUAUAUUUACUGUAUACCUCAUUUCAAUGCCUAUAGCUUGGUCUAUUAAAUUUGGCUGUCUGUAAAAAAAAAAGAUAUUUUGCCAUAUUUAAUUUCAUGCUAUGCAAUAGAAGCUUUAAGUUUUAUAGAGAAAAUCAUAGAGAAAAAAAAUUGCUCAUUACAAGAGAUAGUAAGACAAAUUAAUUUUUUCUUUCUUGAGAAUAAUAAAAUAAAUUAUGUUUAAAUAUUUGAGUUAGCAAUAAGUAAUAUUGUAUUGUAUGUUAUUAUUUAUAUAGUAUAUCUGUCAAAGUGUAUACGAUAUAAUUAUUUGAUUUAUUUUAAUUACACUGAACUCUAAUUUGGUACAAUAAAAUUGUGUCUAAUUAUGUCUCUAAUUGAUUGAUAUCAAGUAUUUUAGAUCUAUCUGCUAAUUAUUUUAAAAUAUAAUACAAAGUGUGUGCUAUCUUAAAAUAUACUUCCUUAACACAAAUAAUUGUGCGCUAUUUUAAAAUAUUAUCUCUCUUAACACAGAUAAUUGUACAUAUAGUAAAUAAUGAUUUUUUGAAUAAUUAAUUGACAGAUUUCUACAUGCAGUAUUAAUUAUGUAGUAGGAAUAAAGCGUCAAUAUAUGUAACAUUUGCGAUAUACUAUGUCAAUAUUCUGAUAAGUAUUUUACUAUUUUCAUAAAGCGUUAAUAAUCUUAUAAUCUUUAAGAUUCAGAUAUAAGAUGUAGAAAUAAGAAAGCCAUAUAUGUAAAAAUAUAUGUUUAAUAAGUAAAACGAAUCAAUCUCUUAAAAUCUAAAUAUAUGCAAAUAAAAGGUG